UGCAGUAUUGUUGUUUUCGUUGAUCAGAAGAAGUAGACCAGUCGACAUCUUUGAAAUUGAUUGCAUUUCUGUACGUUAUGACCGUUUUUUGAGCUAAUUUUUGUUGAAUCCGUGCAUUUGUUUUGAGAAAGUUUACGACGCAAGGGACCAGCGGGUUAUAUCUGGAUCUGUGAAACUUGUUUUUGUCUUUCAAAGAUGGGAAGUCAGUACCAGCGCUCAGUACCUCUAGAGGUGAGGAGAGCAGAGGGAGAGAGAGUUCGGGCCAAACAUCCUGACAAGAUACCGAUCAUUGUGGAGAGGGCCCCGAGGUCACGAGCUCCUGAACUGGAUAAGAAGAAAUAUCUAGUGCCCUCAGAUUUAACAGUGGGCCAGUUGUGCUUCCUGAUCCGUCAGCGUGUGUCUUUGAGACCAGAGGAGGCACUCUUCUUCUUUGUCAACAACUCCCUUCCCCCAUCCAGCUCCCCUCUCUCUGCUGUAUAUGAGGAGCACCAUGAAGAGGACCUGUUUCUCUACAUGACCUACAGCAAUGAGAGUGUGUAUGGUGCCUGAGGGAGGACAAUAGACUGGAGAAAGAGACAGAGAGAGAAUGAGAUGAGACAAAGUGAGACUGUUUGAGAAAUAAAAAGUUAAGGCUGUUUGUAAUGUUUCACACCACUAUUAUUCUCUGUGAUAUUAGUUUUGAUAAGUAACUACAGUACAUGGUGGAAGAAAGGGAUUGCUGGUAGGGUUUUAUCUUUGUCAGUAUUCUGGGGUUGAGCAUAAUGCAUUUUAUUACACUUCAAGUUAUGUUGAUUCCUUACAUGGUGAAAGAAGAAAGAGGAAGGUUGGAAAGAAAGAAAGAAAGCAUAUAAAAGGAAGUAUUGUUGAAAGUUUUGAAAUUAUGUUGAGAGAGCUCUCUGCCUUUCUCAGUCAUCUGUAUUUAAUGCAAAUAGUAUUUUUUUUCUUUUGUAAAUUAAUAUCAAACUUUUGUGGAAAAUAAAGAUGAAAAAGCCAAA